AUGGAGACCUCAUCAUCCCAGAAAGGUGUCCAGUACGUCGAGGAGGACCAUCCUGCCCCAAAUGCCAAGCGGGGAUCGAUUUACCAGAUGUUCCCUCCCGGUGAGAGGCGCAUGUCUGCCCAAGGUCGUCGUAUUUCGGUCGUUGACGAUAUCUUCGGCGAGAUCAAGGAAGACGGCCCCAACUACCGAAACGUCGGAUGGCUUGGAACUGCCGUGUUGAUGAUCAAGACGCAAAUCGGCUUGGGCGUUCUCUCUAUUCCCGCUGUUCUAGACACACUAGGUAUGGGGCCGGGCCUCGUCGUACUAAUUCUGAUCGGGGUAAUCACGACAUGGUCCAACUACGAGAUUGGUGUCUUCAAGAAGAACCAUCCAUCCGUUUACGGUAUCGAUGAUGUGGGGUUCAAGCUGUUUGGUAGGCCCGGGAGAGAGUUCUUCUAUGUUGUUUUCGUCCUAUUUUGGAUCUUCGUUGCUGGAGCGGGUAUGCUAGGAAUAUCAAUCUCUUUCAAUGCCAUGUCGAGCCACGGAGCUUGUACGGCGAUUUUUGUCCUGGUAGCAGCCAUUAUUGGUUGUGCCCUAGGAAGUAUUCAAACACUCCAUGAAGUCUCGUGGUUGGCGUGGGUUGGCGCGACCUCUAUCUUGACUGCAAUCUUAACCCUGACAAUUGCUGUGGGCGUUCAAGAUAAACCUGCCGCGGCUCCUCCAGGUCCUUUCCACUCCGACUGGAAAGGCGUUGGCCAUCCAACCUUCGAGUCAGCGAUUUCAGCUUGCUCCUCCAUCGUCUUCGCAUGGGCUGGUACGCCUGCUUUCUUCCAGAUUGCAUCAGAGAUGCGUGUACCGGAGCUCUACACCCGCUCACUUCUACUUUGUCAGUCCGUGGUUGCCGUCACCUAUAUCGUUAUUGGUGUUGUGGUGUAUUACUACUGUGGAAGCUUUGUCGCAUCACCUGCGCUAGGGUCGGCAGGAGUUCUUUUGAAGAAGGUUUGCUAUGGCCUUGCUUUGCCGGGCCUGUGUGUCAGCACUCUUCUCUUCGUACACAUUGCAGCAAAAUACAUAUUUGUCCGCAUGUUGCGAGGUACGUAUCAUCUGACGGACCCGACUUUCCGACAUUGGGCUACAUGGCUAGGAUGCACAUUCGGUGUGACCGUCAUCUCGUACAUCAUCGCAAGUGCGAUCCCUGUCUUUGGUGGUCUAGUCUCGCUUAUCGGUGCACUCCUCGGCACUCUCAUGUGCUUUCAACCGAUGGGGGGCAUGUGGCUAUACGAUAACUGGCGCGAGGCAAGAACCGGGAAGUGGUAUGCCAUGGUGGCUUGGACAACCUUCGUCAUUGUCUCCGGAUUCUUUCUGAUGAUUGGCGGCACAUAUGGAUCCGUGGUCGAUAUCAAAAACGCGUACGCUGAAAGUGGCGGGUCUUCUCCAUGGUCGUGCGCAGAUAAUUCGAAUUCGUCAUGA